AUGGCUCGGUCUCCUCCUGCUCCCACUACCGGGGACAACAAGCCGGGUACGGUGAAGAGGAAAGGCACGAGAAGCGUCUCUACCCUCACGCCUUCACAGCUAGCUAGGAAGCGAGCAAAUGAUCGGGAAGCGCAACGCGCAAUAAGAGCUCGCACUAAGGAGCUCAUUGAAAGGUUACAACGCGAAUUAGAAGAAUCAAGGGGAAGGGAGAACCGCGAUGCAAUGGUUCGUGAACUGCUUCAGAAGAACAAGGCAUUGGAACACGAAGUACGAGCAUUGAGGGAAGCCCUUGGCAUCGGGAACCGACCGUUUCCUCAAUCUGGCUACGAGGUAGAUGGACUGCAAACUUCGCCAUCAGCAGUUCCAGGUCGCGGGGCAUCUAUCCCCCAAGGCUCCACGGACUAUGGUGCACCGACAAGCUUUGGGUCAUCUUACCUCCCUACUCCUGAACCUUGUGAGGCAUGGCCUCCGGUCGUCCCUGUCUCUUCAGUCACUGUUUCUUCAGUGGGUUCAAGUCCGUCGUCAUCCACGGGGCAUCCUGAUGAGUACGCGGCUAGCCACGUCCCCACAAGCGUCCCUUCUUCCUUGAUGGACUCAUCUGUAAUGGGUCAAGCUACGGGAAUCUCUUGCCUGGACGGUAUGAAGGUCAACUACGAGGACAUUGAAGCUGACCGCGGAUACUGUCCGACCAGCGUUCCACAGCCGCAAUCCUCUUAUCUCCCCCAGCAGUCCUGGUCCAUGUACCCCACAUCAACCUACUAUCCACAAUCGCCUACGGUUUGAUGCUAUAUCGACACAAAUGUCUGUUUUUGAGGUCAAACAGCGUGUCGCGGACGGGCAGCCUACGAGAAAACAGCUACAACAACACCAACCCUUUGGACAGCAAUUACACAUACAGACAACGACCAUCGACGUCG